AUGAAUGGACUUGAGGCUUUUGGAGGUGAUGAGGAUGCUGCGCUACGCUAUGCCAUAGCCUUAUCCUUGCAAGAUACCGGAACUGCCUCCUCCAAGACCCCUAUUGAAAUCGAGUCCGAUAGUGAAGGUGACGAUGACGAUCUUGAUAAGGGACCAAAAUACCCCCCAGUUACCAAAGAACCCGAGCAUAGAAACGAAAAGCACGAACCACAAGCUGCCCGUUUGCCUCAAAUAUCUUCUGUCUCUCAACCGUCUCCCUCUCCAACUCCGAGUGGCUUUGCAUCUCUGGGAUUGGACAGGAAGAAAAUGGAAGAAGAGCGACUAGCGAGAUUGGGGAAGCGAAAGGUUCCAGAGUCCGAACCCGAGAGCCAAGGUCGCACGCAAAGACAAAAGCUCGAUCCCGAAUUCACAGCUCACCCGGUUAGUAAGAGCAACGUUCGCCUACCAUAUGCUAAAGGCACUGUAAAGAAGACAUGGGCCAAGGGCUUCGCUCGAAAAGACGACAUAAAAAUUGAAGAAGUUCUGCAAAAAGACGAACUUGAACUCGCCGUUAUCAGCUCAUUUCAGUGGGAUGAGCGAUGGAUGCUGUCUAAAAUCGACUACUACAAAACCAAAAUCCUCUGCAUUGCGUUCGCUUCAAACGAGGCCCAGCAAGAAGAGAUGAAGGCCAAUGUGCCAACUGGCGCAGCCAUCAAGUUUUGUUUUCCUCCUAUGAUGUCGACAGGCAACAUGCAUUCAAAAUUACAGUUAUUGAAGUACCGCAGCUACUUGCGGGUCGUUGUGCCCAGUGGUAACUUCGUGCCUUAUGAUUGGGGCGAGACAGGUGUUAUUGAGAACAUGGUCUUUCUUAUUGACCUUCCUCGGCUAGAUAAUCCCAACCCGACAACGCCUAGUAAGCUGGGCUUAUUUGGCGAAGAGCUCUGUUAUUUUCUCAGAGCCCAGGGUUUAGAAGAAAGCUUAGUGAGCAGUCUUAAAAACUACGACUUCUCAGAAGCCGACCGUUACAGAUUCGUCCACACCAUAGGAGGGUCGCACGUGGGCGACAAAUGGCGGCGAACAGGAUAUUGCGGGCUGGGUCGAGCCGUAAAAUCCCUCGGCCUCGAUACCACAAAUAAUAUAGAGAUCGACUUCCUAGCCUCCUCGUUGGGAUCACUGAAUUUUGACCUAUUGUCAGCAAUAUAUUAUGCAGCUCAAGGUGACGAUGGCAUGAAGGAGUACGGAAUAAGGAGUGCUAAGAGUGGGAAGAAAAAACUCCCAGCGCAGACAAAGUUAGAGUUAAAGGAUAAAUUUCGGAUUUACUUCCCUUCUCGCGAUACUGUAAUUCAAAGUCGGGGCGGUAAAGAUGCCGCGGGUACCAUCUGUACUCAAUCUAAAUGGUGGGAUUCAGCAUCGUUUCCCCGCGAGUUAAUUCACGAUUGCAAAAGCGUCAGAUCCGGUCUCCUUAUCCACAGCAAACUCAUGCUAGUCCACCACUCUAAUUCGAACGAGUCAAAACCUGCGUUCGUCUACGUUGGCAGCGCAAAUAUAUCCGAGAGUGCCUGGGGGCAUUUGGUAAAAGAAAGGGGAACAGGCAAUCCGAAGCUGAACUGUCGAAACUGGGAAUGUGGAGUUAUAGUUCCUAUUUCGCCUCGGAAUCUAGCCGAGGACGGGUCUCGACCUUCUAGCGUGUCUAAUUUUCACGACGCUAUCCCAGUGCCGAUGAAUAUUCCCAGUGAGGCAUAUGGCGACACCAAAUCAAAACGGCCUUGGUUCUUCCUUGAGGAUUGA